AUGACGUCCAACAGAUCCAUCAUGAUUGGAGGCGACACGUGUCACGUCCUCUUGGCAGCCACAGCCAGUGUCGUGACGGUAGCUGCGUCUCUGUUGUGGAUGAAACGGCUGGAAUGGACGUCAGAAGACGGUCAAAAGAAGCGCAGAUACUUCCAGUACAAGGUGAUUCAUGACGAAACUCUGAUCGGCCCCAAUCCCCAAAGGGAACCAGUGGACUCUCAAGCCAGUGCCUUGUUCCAAUCCGACGCAAAAGAAUCCUCGGCGUUGCUCAUGUUGACCACGUAUUCGCCGCCGUCUGCUUCUUCGGCCAACAACAAGAACUUGAAUGCCGUGCUGAUCCACGGAUUCGGUUGCACAUCUUUGGAAUUUGGAGCACUCGUGUCCCAGCUCCGCCAGGACAAUCAUUCUUUGGGUAUCUUUAUGUAUGAUCGAGUCCUCUUUACAUCUACCAGCGACUACCAACAACGACCGCGAGACGCCCCCACAUUGGCCCGAGAACUCUUUCAUCUCUUGCAAGCCAGAGGCGUCUCUCCGCCGUAUCUGUUGAUUGGACACUCCUAUGGAGGCUUGAUUGCACAACACUUUUGCCAUCAACACAUUCACGACGUGCAAGGAAUGGUCUUGCUCGAUCCAGCCCACGAAGAUCAAUUCCAAACAUUUCCCACGGAUUUUGCCCUGGGGUUUACCCAUAUCAUUCCCCACGUGCUCUGGUUCUAUUCCAAAGUUGCCUGGACGGGAGUCCUACAAUUCUUGGAUCGCUUGGCACUUUUUAAUUUUCCUCCCCUCUUUCUCCUGUCACAACAACAAUCCGCCACGAGACGAGCGUGUGCGCGCUUGUAUUCGGAAGGUCACGUCUGGCAGAGAGUAGCCAUGGAACUCGAUGGAUGUGCGCAAACCUUUGUGCAAAUGCAGCAACAACAACAACAAUCCAACACCGAUAGUAUUCGAAGAGAUUUCCCACCCACGGCGCUGGUCAUUGCCGGUCAUCGACAAUACUCACCAACCUUCUUUCCAAAGGCAGUUACCACAGCCUUUCUCCAAAUGCACGCCACGUCGUUGCCUCAUGCCAAGGUAUUCAUGGCCCCCAAAUCAGAUCAUUGGAUUCAUCUCCAGCAACCCGAAGUGGUAAUGCAAGGUGUAGAAUAUGUAUUGGAGGAGAUUCAGAAGAAAAAAGGGCAAUAA